UCAUUCAGGAUUGAGCUGCCUCCGAGUCUGAAACGUCGCGGCGUGCACAACGUGUUCCAUGCAUCGCUGUUGCGUGUUCAUGAGCCAAACGACGACCGCCUGUUCCCAGGCCGUCUUGACUCGCAAAUCCUGGAACUCGAGGAUAAGGACAAUGAGUGGGCAAUCGAGAGAAUCAACUCUCACCGAGGUACCGGUGAGCAGGCCGUCUUCGAGGCGGUCUGGAAGUCAGGCGACCAAACCUGGGUGCCAUUCAGUGCAGUAUCGCAUCUGAGUACCCUGCAAGCAUACCUAGAGGCGGCUGGUGUG